ACACCACCCCAUCGGUAUGCGCACGCGCGAAGGACCACGUCCUAGAAGGAGCUGCUAGACUUCGACACAAUGGCUCGUGUAGAUCUCGACGUUAAAUACAUUAAAUGGCAGACGUCUUUGGUAAUUAAGUGUUUACUGGAUGACGAUGAUAAAGUGGGGAGUCGUGAGUUCUCCAGUCUGGAACAUGACGGUCCUUCAGAUGAUCAGUUUGAUCCCGUUUUGGUUGCUGAUAAACUGAGAACCAUCGCGGAUGCCAUGACUGAAGACCCCAGGUUGCAGGUUGUUCUGAAGGAGCUGAAGCAGGCAGCAGCACAGGAGGUUGUGGAUCAAGCCGUCAGCAAAGGUGUGGAGACUCUGUGUCAGGCUCACGCCUCUAAAGGGGCUGAAGUGGCUCCAGAGAUGCAGCUGAUCAAAGCCUCGGUAGCGUUUGGACUCUAUGUGAAGAAAUCUGCCCCAGAGCUUAAGGCUCAGGUCCAGUCUGCGUUGACCAACUUCCUCACCAGGCGUGUGGGUUCAUGGGUCGCUCAGCAGGGUGGAUGGGAUAAGGUGCAAGACGCCUCAUCAAAAUAGUUCCUCAUAACUGAAGCCUACUUCCCUCUUUCCUAUUCACUCUCUCUUUCUUAAAAUUUUUUUAAUCACAAUUGUCUAUUUUUUGCUCAUUUAAAAUAUAUUUGUAACCAUUUUCUAAAUUCUUUUUAAUAUUUUUACAUUUUUUUUGUUUUUGUGAAGCGCCUCAUGAUUUUUAUCUUGAGAGGUGCUAUAGAAAUGAUAUUUUCUUCUUCUUCUACUGCCUCUUACCUGCAGCAUUAAAGGAUUUGUUGUGUGUGGAAUGUGUAGAAACAAUAAUUAUGCCAUCUGUUGUUGAUGCAACAAGUUGAACAAACUCAGAUUCUAGAAACAGAGCUUGGUUCUGACCAGACUGGCGAGCUGACAGCUUGUCUGAGCAGGUGAUUGUUCUCCUUAAACUAAAUAAUAAUCAAGUAACAUUUAUGCUGGGGCCAGCUUUGCAUUGUAUGGUUUUUACAUGGAAGUCUGUGGUAAUUUGCAUUAAAUACAGGAUAAUUCUGCAGUUUGUUACCAGUAACAAUGACUCAGGUUAAUCAUGUGAAAAAGGACAUUUGGUGCCAGCUCACAGAGGAAACUAGCGUAGAGAUAAAGACAAACACAGAUGUGGUCAUGUCAUUUGAACUUUUCAUCCUUAUAGUUUUGCUAACAUUCAGCUGAACGCUGUGUUCUGGUGUUUAGCGUAUUUUAAUAGAGACGAUCCUGGACCUUUACAUUAACAACCAUCAGAAGUAUAAAUGUUUAUAAAACAUAGUUUGCAUGAACUGCUGCAAGUACCGGUACUUAAAGGAGGAAUAUGUAAGAAUUUUACAGUGAAAGAAUCACAUCUCACUUCAUUACAAAUUGCACCUUUAAAACAGAGUUGUUUUAGAUGAUGAUCAUGAUCGUUAUUUUCCAGUCAGAGUCCACCUUAUAUUUCUCUAAAUAUCAUUCAAAGAGCCUAGCAUUGUAUCUACAACAAAUGAUAAUUGGUUGUAACCUUUCCAGGAAACAUCAACUGUAAAAUUCUCCAAAUGUUUUCUUUUAAAGAGCCACACAAACACACGUCAAAGUCUCGCUCUGUCAGAUGUGCAUUCAGGGUUUUGCUCUCUCACCAGCACAGAUAGAAAUGCACUAAAAUAAAGCUUUCACAUUCCCUCACACACACAUAAUGCUCAGGUUCAUCUAUAAUGUUAUCAUGAGCUCUUACUACUACAUGAGCUGCUGGGGUUUUAGAACAAUCUAGAGUGUUUGUGACUAACGCAGCCUUUAAUCCCUGCAUGUAUUUAUUGAACGAUGUGUAAUUCCAUCUGGCUCAUCUGUAUGAGUUGUAUGAAAAAUGUUUUCAAGUGAAUGUAUCUGCUUUCUUGUUAUAGGAAGUUAAUUUAUAAGGGUUUUGUCUUUAUGUAUAAGAACAAUGGGAAAUUGCUUACAUAAUUUAUUGUGUUCUUACUUUUGCAUGAAUUUGAUUCUAAAACAAAGGUUUGAAUAAAACUUAAGUGUAGGUGAUUUUCUCACCUUUUAUAGCAUUCUAGCACUUAGGAACAUUUGGGUUUUCUAAUAGAAAUCAAGCUUGAUUUUAAAUCACAUGCUGUUGUUUACAAUGAGGAAAAUGUAAAUGAUAUAUGUUUGUUGUUGGUGAUCGGUGAGUGUGUGCGCACGCAUGUGUGUGUGUGUGCGUCUUGGCUUUAAACAUACGGUGCACUUCUGCAUGUUCCUUCCAAAGGAUUUUCGCAGGUAAGAGCCAAAUACAGCUAAUGUUGUAGGAGCUUUUAGGGAGUUUUUGCACAUUGUUGUGAAAUAAAUAUUCAUGUUUUUGGGGUUUUUUGUAAUUUUAUAAUGACAAUGACAUUAAAAAUAUUGACUUGAA